GACUCGAAGUAAAACCCCCGUUUUCAAAUUUCAACUUGUCGGAAUUCAAAGUUGAACGAUGGAAAUUACUUCAGAAAGAGAGCAUCUAAAUAACUUCAUUGUUGGGUCUGUGCCAACCGUUUUUUACAUUCCCGACUACAUCACUGCUGCUGAAGAAGACCAGCUCUUGAAUAAUAUUUAUCAAGCUCCGGUUUCCAAGUGGAAAUCUUUGAAGAAUCGAAGGCUGCAAAAUUGGGGAGGUACCGUGCACGAAAAGGGUCUUCUAGCUCAAGAUUUGCCACCUUGGCUUAAACAAAUCACACAUAGGAUCUCUGAAGAAUCAAGGUUGUUCCCAUCAGCAAUUAAUCAUGUGCUUAUCAAUGAAUACCUUCCUGACCAAGGAAUUAUGCCGCACCAGGAUGGACCUGCCUAUGUACCUGUGGUGGCAAUUCUGUCUCUUGGAUCGUCUGUUGUUAUGGACUUCACUCCCCAUCCAAGUUUGAACAACUCAACUGACACAUCAGGAAACAAUAUUGAUGAUAAAACCUCGAAACCAGCACAUAUGGCGAUGAAUUCUAGGGAAGAGUUGAAUGAAUACCGACCUUUUUCUGUUGUAUUGAUGCCUCGCAGUUUGUUGAUAUUUAAGGACAAGGCAUAUUCAGACUACUUGCAUGGUAUAAAAGAUAGAGAGACGCAGCGAUAUGAUGAGGCUGUAAAUGUUGCCAGUAGCAUGAAAAGUCACGAACAACCAAAGCCCAUGUCAGGCUUGAAGCCGGCAACUGAUGACAUCGAAACUGGAGGUGACACUGUCAUUCACAGGACUAGUAGGAGAAUUUCUCUGACAUGUCGAGUAGUGAUGAAAGUUCACAAAAAUCUAAUAAAACUUUAAGUCUAGCCUCAAAGGAGGUUGGUAGAAUGGAAUUUAGCAUUUUGGACUUGUAGUAUUGGAGUUGAUGAGGUCUAUCCAAAGAAAACCCUGAAUUCAAUUGUGAAAAUUUAUCUCAGGAAUUGCUCAAAUGGUAAUCAAGCUGAGCUCGUGGUGCAUUAUUAGUU